AGUUGACUCCGUAAACUUCGUUCUGCCACUCGAUACUUGAAGCCUCCUUGAACUUCGACUGCGCCAUCUUACCCGCAACGCAUACCUUCGUUAAAAAAAGAGACCAAAUUUAAAUGCUUUCAUCUUUGCUGAUUAUUGCGAAGAAUCAAGGAUAACCCGUUGCAAUUGAAUUUACGAGAGAUCACUAGCACAAAUGGAUGCUCCAGGUGCACAACAACAUUCUGGUGGCAACGAAAAUGAUAACCAAAACCAUCCCCAAGUAAAAAAAAAUCUAUCAGGCCUGAAACAUGCACUGCAUGGGACAUCGUAUCAAUUGAAGCUGGGUAUCGUUGUUACCCUGGCGAAUGCCAAGAAGUCAAAGUGCCCAGCUAAUAACUUAACCUUCACGGUUACGGCCGAGGGACGAGACGAAUCGAAUACGCAAAAUCCUAAUCAAACGCCCGAUAAGUUCGAUGACAUCAUAUAUGAUUUCAAACAUGGUUCAAUUACCGGAACUUUGAAGAUUCAAGCGAAACACAAACAGGAAUCGUCCAAUCUCAAGAUUACACUGAAAGACCUAAUCGCGGUAUCCAAAAAUGAUUUUUGUAUCGAUCAAUACUUUAAAUCAUUCCGUGACCAACCACAAGCGAAGACCAAAAAUGACGUGGAAGGAUUCAUCAUUUGCACCAACGCAGAUUUAGAUGACGACGCAAAAGUAUUGUGGAAACCAGUAGAUGCUGCUGUCCUGGGUGAUUCAACGACAUCAUUGGAUCCUUACAUUUCAUCGUUAUUCAAUGAGACCAGAGGUAAAUGCUAUCAACUCAAAACUCAUUAUAAACAUGCUGCGUUUGCCCGGUUGUUGAUCAAAGCCAUAAAACCAAACAAGCAAUUGAUAUCCUGGAAAACACCCCUUUUCAAAGAGUAUCGUAAAUUCAUCAUGAAAAUAAUCGUUAAAAAAGACAAUACGGCUCAAAAUGGUGUUUGGAAGUUUAAAGAUAGUUUUUUUUAUUCAUCCAACAACAUCUCAGAUCCAGGAUAUACCACAUUUAGAAAUGAGUUUGAAGAUCAAUACCGAUCAAUCAAUAUCAAAAAAAUUCCAACCGGUUAUAGUGUAUGGAAGUAUUUAGAAGAAAACAAUGAGAUACAUGUUUCGGAAGACUGUCUGUUCGACCAAAAUAGUGAAAAAAGCACUAUGUUAGCCUGGUUGUUGGUCAAAGCCAUCACAUCGAAGGAGGAAAAGGUAUCUUGGCAAAACCCUCUUUUCAAAGAGUAUCGUGCGGCCAUCGUGGAUGUAAUCGAUAAGAAUAACUAUACAACAGAGGAUGAUUAUCUUUUAUGCAAGUUCAAUGACAAGUUUCUAGAUGGUACAUCCAACGAUUCAAUUUUAAACUAUAACACAUUUAGAAUGGAUUUUGAAGAUCAAUACCGAAAAGCAUUUAAUUUUGAUGGAACUGUUUGGGAGGAUUUGAAAAACAGAAAUCAGAUAUAUGUUGCCGAAAGCUUUCUGAACGAUAAAAAGAAGCAAAACAUUACAUCAUCAACCAAAACAGUAGAAUUUCCAAAAAAUAUUACAGAAUUCGUUGAUAAUAAAGUGGAUGAAUCCUUGAAUGAAAUCUUUUGCGAUCGAUUUCGUUUGGUGUGUGGCACCUAUAAUCAGGAUGAGCUAGAAAUCGCAAUAGCAAAAAAUUGGAAAAUGUUGCAUGCUGGUGAUGGUCACAUGACUACUGCAUGUCUUGAUGCGGAAUUGGCUUCCAAAUGGCUAUUCAAAACGAAUUUUGAUUGGGUGAUGAAUCCUUUCGCAAAGCCAUUGCAUUCAGAGGAUAUAAUAAAAGAUUUCGAUAAUAUUAAUGCCACACUAGCUCAUAUGAAGUUAGAACCUAUUUCUGAUAAACUGCGCAAGAAAGUUUGGGGCUCACCAUUUCGCAUUAGUGAAGAUAUUUUCAAAGAAUCUAAAUUGUAUAAGCAAGUUGAAACUGAAAGCCUUUUGCAAAUUGAGACAUUCGAUAUCCAAUUUGGAGUCACGUUACUAUCAGACAUAUUGGAAUCGCAGGGUCAUACUACUAUAGUGUUUCUCAAGUAUUCGGAUUUCAUCCACAAGUCGGACACUGUAGAAGCAGUGCUCCGUGGCAAGACCUAUUGUUUGGUCAUUAUCUGCCGCGAAUACGAAGCGUUUAAAAAGGUUCAGGGUAUCGUACAGAAAUGGAAAACAUGUCCCGAAAAUCAUGUCUUCCUGAUCAGGAAAGCAAGUGACAACCCAUCCGAUCUUAGCUGCUUUCGCCUUAGUGGCUUGAAAAGCGAAUCAUGGGAUCAAUUUUGUAAGGAGAGCAUUUCUUUAUGCGGAACGGCCAUUUCUCCGCCUAAAAUAUUCCAGAAUAGUUUCAGAGAACUUCCAAUCGAAGAAAUUAUAAAGCUGUUGGACUGGGGGGAAAAAAUGGAAAAAAACAACGAAAUUUUGAAGAAAUUUGAGAAAAUCAAAGACAUUUAUGUUCAUCGAGGCAUUACCAUCGAACAUCACUCGACUCGAAUAGAUACUCCAAAGGACACAGAUAUUUACGUACCGAAGAAUAUCAGUACUCUAACAUCAUAUGAAAUGAAGCUGAGUAUCGUUAAUAUCCUGGCAAAUGCUGAAAAGUCUUGGGUCGCAAAAACCUUCGGUUUUCUUCACUUCUCGGCAGAGGGUCCUACUUCCAGAAUCCUACCGUCAUUAAAGCCUAUCUCUGAUAAACUCCCCCAGGAAGCACUGUUGCCCCCAUUUGGAAUUAGGCACGAUGUUAUCAAAGCUUCUGAUUUAUACAGGCUAGUUGAAACAGAAAGCUUUCUGCAAGUUAAGGCAUACGAUAUCCAAUUUGGUGCCAAGCUACUAUCAGAUAUAUUGGUUUUACAGAGUAAAGAUUAUAUUGCUAAACUGUGUUUAAAGCCGACGGAUUUGCACUCCAUUUCGUACAUUGUAGAAACAGUGCUUCGUGACAACACUGACUAUUGUUUGGUCAUUAUCCGCAACCGAGCGUUAGAAACGGUUCAGGAUCUCGUACAGAAAUGUAAAAAAUAUAUCCUAAAGAAUCCUGCAAAACAUAUCUUUCUUGUCAGGGAAACAGAUAACAUCCCAUCUGAUCUUAACUGCUUUUGCCUUCGUGACUUGACAGAAGAAUCAUGGGAGCAAUUCUGUAAGGAGAGUAUUUCUUCAUGGGGAACGGCCAUUUCUCCGCUCAAAAUAUUAGAGAAUAGUUUCAGAGAACGUUCAAUCGAAGAAAUUUACAACCGAAUCCUCUCGGAUUAUGAUUUACAGGUAAAGAACGUUGACAUGGAGCACACAUGGUGGAGUGACAAACUUAAAAGCAAAAACUAUGCCCUGCGGGAAGAAAUCACUCUCGAGAAAAUAACGACAUGGUUAAAAAAAGACACGAAUUUCAAUGAAAUGCUCGAAGAGGUGAAUAUUUCAAAGAAAAAUCAAGAAACAAUAUAUGGCUACGAAGGUAAAAAGGUCGUGAUAUUAUUGGGAGAAGCGGGACACGGAAAGUCAACCAACCUCACAUGGUUGGCUUGGCAUUUGCGGCAACGAAAUCCUUCUUUCUGGGUUGUUCGAUGUAACUUGUCCGAUCAUUGUACUGACUUUAAACCAUUUACACCAAAAGUUCAAAAGAAUACGGCUGGUCAGGCCAAUGAAAUCGAUGAAACGAAAGCGAUCAGAUUGCUAUAUAAGUUGGCAUAUUCAUCGCUUCAACUUGAACGGAAAAUGGAUGAGGUAUGCAGUUUGUCUGCCAAUUGUUUAGUUCUUUUAGAUGGAAAAGCAAAUGUGAGCAAAGAUCUUACGAAACAACACGGUUUUUCCAACUCAAUCGUAUUGCAAAUAUUCAAAGAAAAGUUGAAUGCAGGUGAAAUGGUAUUGCUGUUUGAUGGGUUCGAUGAAAUCGCUCCUAAUUACAAGGAGGUUGUUUUAGAGUUACUCUCUCUGUUUGAAACAUUUGAAGGAGUGAAGAAAAUAUAUCUUACCAGCCGACCAUACGGUUUUAAAGAACAAUUCGAAACGGCUUUCAUGGAUCCUUUGUUUUUCCAAUUUAAACCUCUCUUGGUGCAGGACAAAGCAUCUAUGCUUUAUAAAAUGAUGAAGGAGAAAUGGCGUAAUCGGAACAUUGGCGAUGAUAUUACUAAAUCUUUGUGUUACAUGUUACUUUCUAGUUUAGGUGACAUGAGCGAUGUUCCAUUAAACCUGAUGAUGGCAGUAGACGUUCUUGAGGAUAGUGUGUAUCAUAAUGAAAAUAUAAACAAUGAUAUUUCUUCAGAAGGAAAGCUGUUUGAGACGAUCUUAAACUUAUCAAAACCGUCUUUUAUAGUGGAAGAAUUUGUGAAGGUAAAAAUUCUACAUCGUCUGUAUGACAAAAAGGGGCUAGAUAAAAAUAAUGUAGAUAAACCAGGUGAAGGAAAGAGAUUUGAGAAGGAGAUAAAUGAUACGAAACAGCUCCAUGGACUAUUGGCACUUCGGAUUUUUUUUGACGAAAAUGAGCUGGCCACUAUCCUAUCGGCAGACGAAACUCUCCAGGCAGAAAAUUAUAAGAAACUAAUACUCGAUGGCGAUGAAAAAACUGGAAUAAUUCAUGGAAUCCAAGAUGGCGUUCCUAUGUUUAUUCAUCGAUCCUUCGCUGAAUACUUGGCUGCUUGGUGGCUUAUCCAGCGACAAAAGGAAGGGAAGCGACAAGAAAGGAAAAAGUUAGCUUGCCUUGCGUCAUUCUGGAAUGAGGAGCGUAAAGAGUUUCGAGCGAAUAUUGACACCAUCCUUGCCAAACGCCAUCCGUUACAUGUUGCUAUCAUUGAGUGCGAUUGGCAAGCAGUAGAAUCAUUACUUUCUACUAGCCAAAACUCUACUACUAAACACCCACUCUUUGUGCGAGAUGAUGGAGAGAGAACUCCUCUGCAUCUAUUGGCCAUCCAUUUCGAUUUUGAUCGUAAAUGGCUAAAUUUAUUCGAAGAUUCCAUCAUAUCUAACAUAAUAAACUGCGAAGAAAACAUAUUCGGUUGGACUGCUUUGGAUUACGCGUUCCAAAUGGACAAGCCACAAUUGAUAUUUUAUCUUCUGCAUCACGGGGCCUUAAUAAACGUAGAUGUACUGUACGAACACAUAGCUUCAGUUCGAAACGAUCGAAUUGGUAAAGCUGCAAAAUAUGCUAGAUAUGUUAUGCAAUAUUUGAGCCAACAGGCUAUCGAGUACGAGUCACACGAUGCCUGCAAAAAGAUGAAACAAUUUUGUGACAAAGUGGUUGCUGAUUUGGUCAACAAAUCAUCUGCAACACAAAGACAAAAUCUAGAAGACAUUAUUCUAGAAGAUAUUCUAGAAGAGAUUAUUAUAGAAGAUACAGUUUGGAUGGUGGAGAGUAUGAUUCGACUGGAAGCUGAUAAAGACGACUUCGUUCGAAAGAUAACGAUUUCAUAUUUCGAUUUGGCGUUGCAUCGUAAUUCCUGUUUUAUGUUGAAGUACUUAAUGGCACAUGACCCAUCAGUUUUAAAAGCUGACAACAUUAUGAAAUGCGCAGUAUAUGCUGCCUUAAAGGAUUACAAAAUUGAAUUCAAGUAUUUUGUUGAUCUGUACUGUUCUCGAUCUAAGAUCAAACAUUUCCAAUCCUUGUGCAUUCAGAGUGACACGGGAUGUUAUUUUAUUGAUUAUUUCAACUGUAAAGAAAUAGAUACAGUUUGUGAUUUCAGAAAUAAUAUCUGUUGGGAAAUAUGGGGGAUACCAACUGAACUAAUGAUUGAUGAAAACAUUCUCUCGUUGUUGACUGUAUGUGUGGUAACAGUAAGACCAUCUAUGCUGAGAUACUUGAAAGAAUCACGCAUGUUGAACCUUUGCGCCGGCCUUAUCUUUUCUUUAGCAAUGAUAGUUAAUCAUUUGUUUUCGAAACUUCCUCGAAGGACAAAAAUAAAACCAAGCAAGGCAUAUGAAUGUCUGUUGGACCAAGCAACGAAUAUAAGCAACGUUGAAGCGAAUAAAAUGCUUCGUCUUGCCAUAACAUCCAACCUCUUCGAGUUCUCAAAAUGUCUGAUAGAGCGAUACAAGAUCAACUUCCAGGCUGUUGAUGAGCUAAAGGGUUGGAAUGUCUUUCAUUUGCUUGCUUCAAAUCAACGCCCAUUUUGGGCUGAACAAAUAAUCGAAGUUGAUGAUGACGAUGAUGAUGAUGACGAUGAUGAUGAUGACGAUGAUGAUGAUGACGAUGAUGAUGAUGACGAUGAUGAUGAUGACGAUGGCAUCAGAGCUUCUUGUGUUGAUGAUGAUAAAAAUGAUUUGUUCCGUUACAUGCAAGCAAAAGCAAGCGACAUGGAUUGCUUUAACAUUUUCGAUAAGAAUGAAAAAAGCAUUCUCCAUCUCGCAAUGGAAAAUGGACUGAGAGGCAUAGUAGAAUACAUUGUGGCUCGUAAAUUGGGUCAGAAUGAAUUUAACGAAAUCAGAAGCCUGAGCGUUAUUGCCAUACCAAACAUAACAUUAUGUUAUCAUGCGAUUCACAAAAUAUCGAAAUCUGUUGAAGAGAAAUGGUGGCAUCAAGAAGUACUUUGCAUGCUGGCCAAGCAAAUAGCUAUGAUUUCAUUAACCAACAGCGAGGAGUCUCAAGAGCAAAAUAGUAGUCGCUUGUUAUUCCAAGAGAAUGCCAAAGAGUUGUACCAAAUGGCAAUGAAAUGCAGAUCCCUAUACCUGAUUUACUAUUUGCACCGUGAAUUCCCUAACGCGGUUCCACCACUGAUUUAUGGUGCAGAUUGGGUAGCAUGCACAGCAAGAAGCCUGCGAUCACUAUACUUCCUUGAUGUCACCAAAUGGAUGCUCAAUCCAAACGACGUGGAUCAGCAUCCCAACUUGUAUGAAGUUGUUGACAAAUGUGACGACGAUGGAUAUGAUCUGGGGUCAGUAAAUUUAGAGGAUUUAGUCAGGCAAGUUGAAACGAUUCUAUCGGCCAACCGAUCGAUGGAGGAGGUGUGUAAAUUGAACCUCUUGGCCGUCGCUGUAUGCCUAAAAAAUGAAUCAAUGAUAAGACAUUUGUUUGAAACCUUGAACGUAAACAUCGAUUGGAAGGUUCUAAUCGAUAUUAUGGAUAUUGCACAUCGAUCACAUAUUCAUGAACCGGGACCAACAGAAUCAGAUGUAUUCUGUCUCUGUGAAUGUCCAUUCGAAAAGCGUGAUUUUGUUCCGAUUUUCGCAUAUCUCUUUGAACGAAUCACCAAUCUUGAUGAAAUAGAUGCCGAGGGUAGAAAUGUGAUACAUUCUGCGACACAAUCUGGACUCCGCUGUAUGGCCGAGUUCUUGAUCAAGAGCAACAUGGCCAAAGUCACGACCAUCAAUGAGCAAAAUGGAUGGAACAUCUUCCACUAUUACGCUUCAAGAAAGAGAAGCUGGAAAUAUUCUGAACAUGAUGAUCUACUGCCUUUGAUAACUGAUCGGGUGUAUGAGAUCACAUCCGAUGACUUUCCGCUCUCACCUUUGACGGAAAUUCCCCCAAAUAAACUCAAGGAGUUUUGCUUCAAAAGUAAUGAACGAAGAAAGAGUGUAAUACAUAUUGCUGUUGAGGCUGGUGACAUUUGGACGGCAAAACACAUCUUUCGGACUCGUCAUAAAAUUGACCUCAUAGACGAACAUGUAAUAUUGAAUUCAGACGAAUGCUCGCGCGACAGAGAAUGUUAUGAUGAGCUUUGUCAAAUAGCAGCACAACUUCCAUUUAACGGAUAUUGUGAUUACCUUUUACAUAUAUACUCGCCAGUAAAUAUUGAACAUAUAACGGAACGAGGGAGUGUAGAAGAUCAUAUCAUUGAAGAUACCUGUCGAUCAGCAAUCAAGUAUAGAUCGGUCACAAUAUUAGAGCAUCUGAUGAUUGAGUAUGAGGAUCAUAUGCGCCAAGUAUUGGCUAGAAGCACUAACAACGAAUUGCUUGCCUGCAUGACGGAGUGCAUCAGAAGGAACAGAACCAAGAUGUUUAAAGUGCUUGUUGGUCACUAUCGCAACUUACAAGGCAUUCAAUUAAGCAUAAAGGUUGAGUUUGAGAAUGAGGAAAAUGAUAACAUUGAGGAAGCCAACAUAAUUGACUACAAAAUACAAUGGCGAAUUAUCGAUGAAUUCGCCCAAGAUGUGACCAUGAAUCGAGACUUUCUGCAUCUCCUUAUUUUGUCAGUUGCGUAUGGAAGGCUCUCGAUGACACGAUUUUUGGUUGAAAUGCUGGAGCUGGAGGUCAGCAAAUCAUUGCUUCAAUUAAUCAUGAAAGUGUUGAAAGAUCUGUGGGAUAAGAAUUGUAAGACUGCAACGCCAGUAUAUGAAUACCUCGCGAGCAGAUGUGAAGGAAAACCUAAUUUGCUGCAUCUUUGCAUACAAGCUGAGUGUUAUAAUAUGCUCAAAUACCUCAUAAAAGAGAAAAAUCUUGAUCCGAAUGAAAUUGAUUCGGAGAAUGGAUGGAAUGCUGGUCACUAUUUUGUUUCGGAUCCGAAUAGGAAGACGAGUUACAAGGAAUUUACUUGGUUGGUAGAAACGUAUAAUAUGGAUUGUUUCGGUGUUUACGAUCGAAAUGGUCGAAAUAUUCUUCAUUUGGUAAUAGAAAAUGAUCACAACGAGAUAGUAAAAUAUGUCAUUAAUCACAGAUUGGGCCUCACAGGUGAUAACCAACCAUGGAAGGAAAGGGACUUGGAGAAAAUAGAAAAACAAAUCUAUGCACUGCAACAAACACUAGAAACGCUACAGAAAAACAUAUCACAAGAAAAGCAACAGGAUAUACAGGUCAUAUUAGAGAAGGUUUCAGACCGAAAACUUGCUCUAACAACAUAUAAACAAUUGUUCAAAAAGGAACAUUGAUAAAAAAGCUUUUUUUCCAUUAUUUUUGUUAUCGUCGUUUUGAUCAGUAGGGUGUAUAUAAGCCAUAUAGUUAUAGAGGCCUGAGCGUAUAGCGUAAAAUAUAGAAAAGGAAACUAAAUGAACCGAUGAAUAGGAACAUUCAUUCCGCGAGGAAUGAAUGAGAUAGGUUAAGCGUUAGGUUAGGGCGCAUUUUAAGCAGCGUAAGCAUUUUUUGUCAUGUUCACGAGGUGGGGAAACACUCGGUACUUUUAAUCGGUCCGUCUCGCAAUAAAGACGUAUAAUUAU